CCUGCCCCGGGCAGCCGCCGCCAUGCCGGGCCCGCCCGGCCCCGCCGCGCUGCUGCUGCCGCUGCUGCUGCUGCUGCCGCUGCUGCUGCCGGCGCUGCCCGGGCUCCUGCCGGCGCGGCCUCCGGGCGGCGGCGGGCGGCCCCGCUACGAGCCCAGCUGGGACUCGCUGGACGCCCGGCCGCUGCCCGCCUGGUUCGACGAGGCGAAGUUCGGCGUCUUCAUCCACUGGGGCGUGUUCUCGGUGCCCAGCUUCGGCAGCGAGUGGUUCUGGUGGUACUGGCAGAAGGAAAAGAGAGAGCCCUAUGUGAAAUUUAUGGAGGCCAAUUACCCACCUGGGUUCACUUAUGAGGAUUUUGGGUCACUGUUUACAGCAGAGUUCUUUGAUCCCAACCAGUGGGCAGAUAUUCUGAAGGCUUCAGGUGCAAAAUAUGUUGUCUUAACUUCAAAACAUCACGAAGGCUUUACUUUGUGGGGGUCCAAAUAUUCUUGGAACUGGAAUGCUGUUGAUGUGGGACCGAAACGAGAUCUUGUGGCUGAACUGGCACUGUCUGUUAGAAACAGGACUGACUUGCGUUUUGGGUUAUAUCAUUCCCUGUUUGAAUGGUUUAAUCCUCUCUUCCUUGAGGAUGCCACCAAUGUCUUCAAGACAAGAAAGUUCCCAACCAGUAAAUCAUUACCAGAGCUCUAUGAAAUUGUGAUGAAAUACCAACCAGAAAUAAUUUGGUCUGAUGGGAAUGGAAAUGCGCCAGAUACUUACUGGAACAGCACUGGUUUCUUGGCUUGGCUGUAUAAUGACAGUCCAGUCCGGGACACAGUGGUGACCAAUGACCGCUGGGGAGCUGGCAGCAUCUGUACACAUGGCGGCUUCUACACCUGUAGUGACCGGUAUAACCCCGGACACCUCCUGCCUCACAAGUGGGAGAACUGUAUGACUAUUGACAGGGGCUCGUGGGGCUACAGGAGGGACGCACGGCUUGACGACUACCUGACUAUCCAGGACUUGGUGAAGCAACUUGUAGAAACGGUGUCUUGUGGAGGAAAUCUCUUGAUGAACAUCGGGCCCACUCACGACGGUCGCGUCGCUGUGAUAUUUGAGGAACGCCUGAGGCAGAUGGGUGCCUGGCUGAAGGUCAAUGGAGAAGCCAUCUAUGGAACGAAGCCGUGGAGAGCACAGAAUGACACGGUCACACCAGAAGUGUGGUACACUUUCAGCCCUAAAGAAGGCAAAGUCAAUGCUAUCUUCCUGAACUGGCCAGUCUCUGGGACUCUGGAACUUGGUGAGCCACAGGCUAAGCUUGGAGAAACACAGGUAAAACUGGCUGGCUACACAGAGCUGCUGAAAUGGGUUGCACUGGGAGAAAAGGGAAUUGCAAUAGCUCUACCUCAAUUGACUCCUAAGCAACUGCCAUGUCAGUGGGGCUGGACUUUGCAGCUGACUGACAUAAACUGAGCCAUACACUGCUGGAGCCUUGGCUAGUAGGCAGUCCUGAAGUUUGUUUCUCAUCACUGGUUUCUAACUCCUUGCUUGAGAAACAUCAAUUAUUUCACUUUGUUAUUAAAGGUAGGCUGGAAUACAAUGAACCUGACAUCCAGCAGGAGACGUCUGGAUCUCUGCAUAGACUUUAUUUCGAACUUGUAUGAAAACUGAGCAUCUACCUUGACCUCUCCACUUUUUUUUUUUAGUCAGUUUCUUGCCAAGUAAUGUGAAGAAGGGGGAGAAAAACAGGUACUAGAUUUGUAAAACUGAGGACAAAACUAGCUCAAGCCAGGAUUCAACAGAGCGAGCAGCAAAUGCACAGAAGCCAGUUGUAGGCCUUCUUUAAUGCAAGAAGAAGCUAACUGCCACAAAACUAUACAGUAAAAACUAUCAGCUUUAAGACACUCUGUCCAGUUGUGUGUGUUUCAGCUGAGUAGGGUAACAUGUGCAAGAACAGUCCUAUAAACGGUUAGAAAUUCAUCACAAACGGAUGGAGGCAAUGCAUUUGCACAUCUUGAUUUUUCAUUAAUUGUACAAGUUCUUGCUGUUGGUAAUUGUAUGUGUUAUUGGGUCAAGUGGGAGGGAUUUUUUUGCUGUUUUGUAUAAUUUUACAUGGUUAAAACUGAUUCUUGUUUACAUUGUUUUUACAGUUACUAGGGUGCCUUCUGUGGACUAUUAAACAAAACCUAUCUUCAA